AUGAUGCGCCGCAACUCCGACAUCGAGAUCCAACUCCCUGAUGCGGGGCCAACCCCCCGUUCUCCCGACUCUGUGAAUCAGCCCGACGUGGAAAUGACGUCUGAAGAGCCGGCCCCGCCGCUGAAUCUCCCGCCGCACAUCGCUGCUCGCUUCUACCGCCGAAACAGCAAGGUCCGGCGCUCGUCCGUGGCCUCUUCGCGGCGCAGCUCCAUUUCUUCGCUGCACUCGCACCACUCUAACGCAUCUUCUAAUGGCUCCACAAGCACCGAUCACAUUGCCCAACACCUCCGGCGCACCUCCAUCCUUGAAACCCGCAAAGCCCGACUAGCCGAUCGUGCGCUGCACGCCGAAAAGGUCCGGCUGCGCGCCGCUUUGGCGAAGGCAGCAACCAGAAAUCUGCACAGCGAAGAGCGCGCUUUGGCGGCACAACAAGCCCGGGAGCGCCUGCUGGCCGACAUUGCCGCCAAGUGCGAGGACCAAGUCAAGCGAGCCAAGAAGAAGGCGGAGGACCAGCGGGAGAAACAAGCUGCAGAACACGCACGCCUUCGGCUUGAGAUGGUGGAGAAAUUUGCAGAGGCCGAGAAGCGACGGGCCCUUUACCAGCAGACCCAUCGACGCCAGCGCACGAGCAGCUUGCCGACCGCGGAGGAAAAGAAAAUGGCCCGAGCCGUCACCGCAUCUUUGACCCGGGAUGCUGCCGCUCGAAAGAUCCAGCGAGUGUGGAGGACGCAUCACGCAAAGGCCGUGAUGCAGGAAUUCCGGGCACUCAACUUGUCAGUUGCCCAGGUCCGUGAAAUGUCCUUGGAGAAGGUCGGAGCUUUCCUCUCCAACAAAGACGUCCUGGAUACCAUGACCAAGGUUCUCCGACUCUGCGGGCUGCAAGACAUGGAAGGCGGGGUGAUGUGUGAACGAGGCGCUGUGCGCACAUUUCUCAGCAGCUAUCUAAUUGUCACCCAUCCGACUGAGGUCUUGAGCGGCGAUGGUGAGCAGGAGCAGGACCUAAUCACAAAGGCGCGCGAGCUCCUGGUAGCGUUUGACCAGGUAGUCGCUUUGCUUUUGUCCGGCUGUUGCUCGCCAGCUGUGAUCACUGCCGAUCUGCAGUUUUUGUGCGAAUCGCAUAAUGUUUUUUUCUCAGCGUUCCAUGCAUGGAAGUCGCACGACUCGACCGUCUUGAUUGAAAUCAUGCUUGCGCAGUUUGUCGAAUUAGAACUGAUCUGGCAGACGGUCAAAGAUGACCGGGCUGGGGGCGUUGCAGACGACUAUCGACAGGGCAUCCGUCAAAACCAGAUUCUUCUCCUGGCACGGCUAAAGCGGCUUGCAGGCUCGGACAAAGCCAUGGAGAUGAUCCGGCGUUCGCUCAAGAAGGCCAAGCGAGAGAAGAAGCGCUCUGGCUCGAAGCAGGCCAUUCCUCGGUCUGCGGAGGCCGCGGCGGCUUCAUCGACAGAUGUUCUGACUGAGAGCGUGACAUCUCCUAUCAGCGAGUCCUUUAACAAUGUUGACGCUGCUGUUUUCCAAGAGCUGGAUAAGCAGCGCACGUCUCCACAUGAACACUUUACCAAGAUUCUCACGGCUCUCCCCGAGAACCGGGUUUUGGUGCACGAGCUUCUCCUCAACAAAGAAUACAAGAUAGAAGAGGCAUCGUAUACAGAUCCUAGACGACGAAUUAUGGAGCAUAUGUGCGAACAGAUGAGAGGAGACGUGGAAGCAGGGCAUGGCACUAGCUGGACUGUUGCUAUGGCUACUGUGAUCCAAGAUCGUCUACUACGCUCUCUUCAGCCUGGAAAUUCCCUUUACGUGCUUAUUAGUGAAGUUUUGGACCCCAGCUUGGUCGAGAGUCAGUGCAAAGCCGGCUCGUUUUCCUACGAGAAUUUCUUCGACUUUAUGAACACCAUCCUGCCUCGCCUGUGCGCUCCAUACCGGGACCCAGUCGUCAAAGCAUUUGCGGAGGAUACCUCUGGGGAUGCCAUUGACCGACUGGCGAGGCUGAUGAGCAUCAUUGAUCUGCUCUCACUGGAUCACACCAAUUUCAUGAUUCAGGUUGCCGCGCCACAGCUUAUUCAAGAGGCGCCAGGCUAUGAACAGCGAGCAUUUGACAAGGGUGUUAGCGAUGGCACUAUCACGCUUGGAAAGACGCGGCGAUUCUGGCGGACCCAUGGGAAGAUUAUGGUAGACGAAGUGAAGAAGCGCGACCCGGAGAAUAUCCACGGAGAACCUCGUCCGUCUGCCUCGCGCGUGUAUGCUCGUGGCCUUGCAGACUUGGUGCUGAGCAAUGCCAUGGUGUCUGAGGAUUUGAUUCCAGAGACAUUGGCCCUUGACCAACCGAGGCUGGAGCGACUGCAUGCGAAAGCGUUCCAGAUUGUGGCGACGGCGUCCAUUUUGCUGACCGCCAAGAACUUGCUGAAGCGAGAUGCACGGUCUCAAUGGAAACCAGAGGCUGAUCGGAUUCUGUCUCUGAACUUUAACGAGAUCAGCGCAGAACGCGUGCACUCCAUUCUCGAGUCGACGCAUCCCAUGCCACCCGCUGCCAGUGCCCAACUAGCAGCCACUAUCAGGCGGGUUCUUGCACCGGUCGCGACCGCGAGUGCUUCCGCCACACUUCAGUCGACAGUGCAGAUCCAUCCUGGGGCAUCUUCCGAGGCAUCGGCAGCUGAGUCGACCAGGAGCGGGCCAUCCGCGUCGGGUUUCACAGACCCAGUGGCCAAGCUCAUCCUCUCGCGUCUGCGGAGUCAUAUCCUCUCUCGUCUCAGUGCAUCGAGUGCCUCCGAGCGAGUACGGGCGACCACGACCGCCAGCCAGAGUCUGGCCGGAGCGGGCAUGCCCGAGUUUGUCAGUGAAGUCGGAAAGUUAUUUGACGAACUGGAGAAAGUGCGGGAGGUAGAUUGGCUCUGCCACAGCAGCGUUUACGAGCGUCUAUACGAAGAAGGCGUCUCUCCACAGUGA